UACGUGACGUGUUCCCGUUCGCGUGCGUGCGAGAGGGAAGGGGGGAUGAGCUCCGCCGCCUCGUCGUCGCCGGUGCCGCCGGAGGACGACGUCUGCUCUGUCUGCCACGACCGCUUCCGGAUCCCCUGCCAGGCCAACUGCUCCCACUGGUUCUGCGGAGAGUGCAUCAUCCGUGUUUGGAAUCAUGGAGCUGCCGUACAGCCUUGCAAAUGUCCCAUUUGCCGCCGCCUUAUAAAUCUGCUGGUACCUGCUAACAUAUCAGAGGAUCAGAAUGACGAUCCUCAACUUCACCGUGUUUUGGGAGAGAUUGAGCACUAUAAUCACAUAUUCGGUGGAGCACCACGUAGCUUAACUCAGAGGUUGCAAGACCUACCCUUCUUCAUGCGAAGACUGUUCCGGGAGCUAAUGGAUCCGCAGAGGACCCUCCCGCUUGUCUUCAGAGCGAGGAUGAUUCUGAUGGUGGUCCUGAGCGCAGUCUAUGUCCUGAGCCCGGUGGACAUCCUUCCUGAGAGCGUUCUGGGGCUAUUCGGGUUCUUCGACGACUUCCUCAUCCUGGUGAUCGUGUUCCUCCACCUCGCCGCCGUCUACCGGUCGUUGCUUCUGUACCGCCACGGAGGCCACCUCGCAUAGUUGAGGGAUGCGGCUGUGCUGACAGCCUUGAGGGUCCUAUUCGGGAAUGUUUGCCUACGACAUGUUUAGGCUGCUUCCCCUUCCCUGUUCCGUGAGUAGAGGGGCUGUAUUUGGUUUGCUGGAUGGAACAUGGACAUUGUACCUUAGCUUGUUGUCAGUGUUAGUUCCAGGAAAAAAAAAACAAGAGGAAAAGUUAUUUUUUAUUCUCCUGUCGAUGCUUUUUGUUCUUUUCUGGAACUGUUCUGUCAAUGCUGUUUGUCAGGAAUCAUCUGUAUGUAGGCUAUAAUUUCAUCCGUGAAAUUCUGUGAGUAGGUUGUAAAUUUCAUCUUUUCGUAACGAAGUGACGGUGCUCCUGCCCGCUUUUCUGAA